ACAAUCAUCAUCAGUUUCGUCAGCGACAAACAAGGAAGAAGUGCACAAAAUUUUGGAAUUUGUGCAAUUUUAUUUUGUUUUGUCGUGAAAAUAGUGCCAAAUCUCUAAUAAUGCCGUAAAAGCAUGUUUCGAACCAUCGCAGAGUUGAUUGAUAUUAAUAUCGCAGAGGAAAUAGCGUCCAAUAAAGCUGGUGCAGCCUCGAGUCGAAAAAAAUUGCAGAUUGCUUUCAGGUUGAUUCUAUGUUUUGAUGUUUGUAAAAGUGAAAUUGGACAGUCUACACAGAAUACGGAAAAAAUUGGAUGGGACAUUCUCGAAGCGAUCGAACCAAACACGGUAAAGGAAUUGAUCGAUGUUAAGAUUUUAGUGAAUCUUACUAAAGGUAAUUGCGGACCGGAAGUUGAAAAUCUCCAAGCUGUUCCAAAAUUGCGUGUGUGGUUCCUGCAAAAUCUGCAUAAAGCAAGUAAAACCAUGGCAGUCAAGUGCGUUGCAGAGGUACCUCACAGUCAACCCAAAUAUGACAUAAACCAAAUGAUUGAACAUAUCGAGAUGCUGCUAGCGAAUCCGGAAGCCAUUCGAGAUGAUAUUGAGGGGGUCAAAAAGUUGUGCGAGCAAAUUGUUCUGUACCUUGCACAUACUCCGUUGAGAAAAGACAUGCAGCUGGAAAAAUUGCGCCAUUUCCUGCAGAAAGUUUCGUACCAUGUACCUAAACAGCACACCGUUGAAAUCGUCGAAGUGUGUUUAAAAACUCUCUACAAACAUAUGGUUUCUGAUGAAGAAACAUCCAUUUAUGCUUCGGUUGUACUGGACCUCUUGGAUAAGAAAGAACUGAUCAAACAGGGCGUUCAAUGGAUUUUUCAACAGGACAAUGAUACGAAGGCUAUCAAGAAGGUAUUCAAAACGUUAAUGUCCUGGUUAACGGCCAACAAUCAGGCAAACGACCUUGUUACUUGGAUUUCUGAAAUCAUCACCGGCCUUCAAGAACUUCAAAAACACGAUGUGCUUCUAGAGCUUUCAUGCAGUUCAGUAAAAUCGUGUUCAAUGUAUUUUCAAAAACACGGUUAUCAAACAAUUAUGUGUUCCAUAUUGUUCCAUAUACUGGCGACUGUUGAACAUUCGCCUGAUGUUUUCCACAUGAUCAUUCCCAUAGCUCCGACAAUACUGCUAGAAUUGGGCAAGCAAAAAGAAAAGAGUACUGAACUCGGUGAUGACUAUCAGCAACGAUUUAUCGACAUUCUUACAUGUUUGAUGAUACGAUUUCCUGAUCCCGAGCAUCAAUACAGAGAACUGAAGGAGUGUUUGAAAAGCUACCCGCGGUCAACUCACUUCCGGCAAGUGCUGAAUGGUAACAUAGUACCAAACUCAGUAAUGACCUCUGCUAACGCAAGAGUUGGAUUGGUGAAUCUUGGGAACACAUGCUACAUGAACAGUGUAUUGCAGGCUUUAGUAAUGACAAAACAAUUCAGCCGAGAAAUACUGCUGUCUAAAAUUGAUGCUCCGUUGUUUGACCAAAUCCAGGAACUACUAGCUCUGUUGAUACACUCACAUCGUCAGGAACUGAAUCCCCGAGCAUUGCUUGCCGCUGCUCGCCCUCCUGAUUUCGUUCCUGGCUACCAGCAAGACUCGUCCGAAUUUCUGGGGUAUUUGCUAGAAAAAUUGCACGAACAAGAGAAACAGUUGAUAAAUAAGCGACAAAGGCCUGCAGCAACUGAAGAUCAAUCUCAGUUGGUAAAAUUACCUUCAGAAAAUCCCAACACGAUGGCAAUAGAACAGAACAGCAUUGUCAGUGAAGCCCGUACUACUCCACAGGAUACUACUUUGAAUGAAACCCUACUUCGGCCAACUCUCAUACAGCGAAUGUUCGAUGGAAAGCUGUUUGUUACAUACCAGUGCGGAGUUUGCGACUCGAAAAGUACUAAUCUCGAUGCUAUACGAUCUUUCGAACUAUCCUUCCCAGAAUCUAACGGCAUCAAAACAGAAUACUCCGUGCAAAAAUUGCUUGAUUUUUACUGUUCCUCAGAAAAGUUGAUAGGCGAUAAUCAAUAUUACUGUGAUAAGUGCAAGCAACUUUGUGAUGGAGAACGUUCAAUAAGGAUUACGAAAUCGCCUAGAAAUCUAAUCCUAACGUUAAAGCAUUUCCGGUAUGAUCUACACAGACACACGAGGGCAAAGCUGAUGAACCAGGUGCAACACAAUGAGACCAUAUCGCUAAGGGUCACUCCAGAGGAAGGGCAUCCUUUUGUUGUACAGUACUCAUUAUACGCAGCAGUGGUACAUGCCGGAACUAGUAUGGACUCCGGCCACUACUACACAUAUGCGCAGGAUGAACCAGACUGCUGGUACAAGUUCAAUGAUAACUACGUAACCGGAUGUUCAGUGGAUGAGUUGCACGCUCUAUCUAGUCCCAAUACCCCGUACAUUUUAUUUUAUCAGAUGUCCGCUCCAUCCACUGAUUGCACGAUGAGCUUAUGCAUAGAUGAUGAAAUGGAGCACAAUGCUUCAGCGAAUUUGGAUUUGGUUUCCACUGACGAUGUUCCUGAUUGUCAGCUUCCCCGACUGGAAGAACUUCCUCCGCGUUUGCGAGAUUUGGUUCACGUCCAUAAUCAAACGUACAAAGAGGAAAAGCGCAUCACAACGCAAAAACGUUUCGAGGUACACCCCAUGAAUCGCGACACAGACGACGACCCACCGCCGAAUUCUUGCGGAAGUAAUUCUUUUAACUACACUAACCGAUUCAUCUUUUAACGUACUGUAUGGAGUGUGUGCUGGGAGCGUUUAAUUGUAAGCACUGAUGUACUGCGAGGUGUAACAUAUUAAAAUGAGUUAUCGUUCAGAGCCCAUUAAUGACGACGUA